CUUAUUGCCUUGGGAAUAUGCAACUCUGUGGGGUCAUUUUUCCAAAGCUUUUCAGUCACUUGCUCAAUGUCUCGGAGUCUUGUCCAGGAAAGCACUGGUGGGAAAACACAGAUUGCAGGCACUCUCUCCUCAAUUAUGGUUCUGUUGGUAAUUGUGGCUAUUGGAUACCUCUUUGAACCGCUUCCACAGACAGUGCUAGCUGCAAUUGUCAUGGUGAACCUGAAAGGAAUGUUUAAACAGUUUGGAGAUGUCGUGCACUUCUGGAGAACCAGUAGGAUUGAGCUGGCCAUCUGGGUGGUAGCUUUUGUGGCUUCUCUUUUCCUGGGACUAGACUAUGGUUUGCUUACUGCAGUAGCAUUUGCAAUGAUAACUGUUAUUUACAGAACACAAAGCCCUCAAUACAGAAUCCUUGGUCAGAUUCCUGACACUGACAUCUACUGUAAUGUGGAAGAAUAUGAAGAGGUUAAAGAAUAUCCUGGAAUAAAAAUAUUUCAAGCUAAUACAUCACUUUAUUUUGCCAAUAGUGAGUCAUAUACAAGUGAACUGAAGAAAAAGACUGGAGUGGACCCUUGUGCCAUAUUAGCAGCAAAGAGAAAAGCCCGGAAGAGGCAUGCCAGGGAAAUCAAGGCAGCAAAUAAACUCAAAAAGCAAGCUGUACUGAAAUUAGUCAAUUCGACUAACGAUGUGGAAGCAAAUGUGAAACAUGAGAUAGCAAACGAUGAGUUACCUGUAAAUGGAAAAUUUGCAUCUGCAGAUGCUGGUGUACAAGACACGUCUCCUGAUGAGCAUGAACAUUUUGUGGAGCCCAAAGCAAACAUCCACACUUUAAUCCUGGAUUUUGCGCCGGUGAACUUUGUGGAUUCGGUUGGAGCAAAAACACUAAAAUCAAUCAUCAAAGAAUACAAAGAAGUUGGUGUCUGUGUCUGUAUUGCCAGCUGCAGUGGCCCCGUCGUGAAUGAGCUGACAAGACUGAACUUUUUUGAUAACACCGUCACGAGGGAGUUGCUGUUCCACAGUAUUCACGAUGCUGUCCUGGCUUGCCAAGUGAGAGGCAGGGGUGCUCCGCAGGCUGACUGACCUCUGAAGAGCGGCAUCGAGCAGCAUCGGAGCCACAUUUGUGCUGAUGGAGACUCCUUCUGAAUAUUUAAUUUGCACAAAAGGUUUAAAGAGAGCCUGAGGCUGUUGGUAUCUACGGGUAUAGAGUGGUGCUUAUUUUCUGUAGGAAGAGUGGAUAAGGAAGUGGAAGCCUUCAUGCUCUUGAUUUUAUUCCUUCAAUCAGGGUAUAGCCUUCCA